GGCUUCUACAUGGAUCCCGCCUACGCCAUGUGGAGCUCCAAGGGCAAGGGGAAGUCCAAGAACAAGGACUCCUAUCGCCCAGUCAAUGCCUACCAGAGCGAGCUCUUCGUUGGCGGCCUCGACAUGGUUCUUGAAGCGGCCGCUGUCUCCCCUGAUCCUGUGGACCCAAAUGUGGGAAUGAUCGACUGUGGUGCCACGGCCAGCGCUGCACCCGAAGCUGUGGUGAAGGGCUUGAUCAAUGCAGUUCUUGCCCAGGACCGUAGCGCUCAGAUCGAGAUGGACCAAGCCUCGCGCCCGUACUUCAGGUUUGGGAAUGGGCGCUGGGGUCGGGCACUUUGCAAGGUUCGUUUCUGUAGCCGAGCUUCGGGAAGUCCGCGACAUUUUGCCCUGUAUGUCCUUCCGAACCCUUCUGAGUACUACCAAGCCGACUUUGAUAAGGGAUCUCUUGUACCAGUGCUGAUUGGAAUGGAUCAUCUUGGCCCCAGUGGUGUCGGAAUGAUGAUAGACUUUGCCUCAGGUCUUGCUAUGAACACUUCAGAACCUAAUCCGUCCAUCUAUAAGCUGGAUAAGAGCAAGAAAGGGCACUACGUUCUCGACAUUGUCCGGUACUUAACCAACGGGGUCAAGGUCCUGGAAGGUCAAGCUCAUGUCUUAGUCCGAUCAAGUCCUUCCCUGGCAUGUGGAAUGGAGCAGCAAGUGCUUGAGUUGCGUACCAUGUGGUUUGAUUUGGCAGCUUGUGAUCAUGAUCUGGAUGAACGAGACAGAUCCGUUGCUGAGACUAGGAUGCCAAUCGAUUGUUUUCGACUCCCUCCUCUUCGCGCUCACCAGAUGUCGGCGACCUCGUCUCGCCACCUGGAUCCGGAGGUGAACUCCCUCCUGCAACAAGCAGCCAAGGCGAAACCGAAGGCCAAGGCCAAGCCGUUGGACAUGAGCCGUGCACAGAAGAUCGACCUUCGGGACCCGAGCGGCGAAAACUCAGUGUGCGAUGUUCGUCUACUCUAUGUUCCCCGACACGGAUCAACCGGACAAUCCACGCAGUGCAAGAACCCGGAGAUGGUGGCCCGCUGUCUUCGCGAACUUCGCAAAAUGUUGGGCGAUCGUCUCCCCCAUGCCAGUCUGGUUCAUGCAACGCAGGCCAAGAUCGAUGCAGAGGAAACCUUGAAUGUGAUGAUCAACGAGCAUUUGGCGACCACGCCCAAUGCAACUCCGGCGACGAUCAAUCCUACAAGUGUCACAACGACGGCCGGCUACUCCACCGCGAGCCCCGACAGCCCGGAGUCUCAUGGCAGUUGGGCGAUGACCAACCAACCGGUUCGCGAGCUGACUCUCGAGGAGGCUUAUGCGGCGCUGGACCACCAGCAAUGA